AUGGGCAAAAGUUCGACGACAACUCUUCCUGAUAUCAUCACUCAAACUGUAAUUGUUGAUUUCAAAUACACAAAACUCAGCGGCACGAAAUCGGGAGAGAUAGGAACAGCAUGGCUAUAUAACAGUGUCCCCACUACAAUUUCAGAUAUCGGUUUAGAUGGAUCAGUGACGUUUCUUCCAUAUAAUUCCAAAAAAAUCAAAACAACAAAGAGUGAAGCGCCCUUACAAUGGGUUGUUUUUGAAUAUUCAAAAACAACUGUUGAUGGAACAUUAUCGUGGACAAAAACUCAGUACCCUCUCCAGCUGACUCCAACAGGGAAAUCCAAAAAUGAUGGUAUAAAUACUACCAGUAUUACAAAGUUAGGUUUAUAUUUAAUGUUGUUUAUCCAGGCCAUGUUUGGAUAA